AUGCAGGAAAAAUGCACCAAGAGCCCAAGUGUGACCCUCCCCUCCAGUGUGCCUCCCAGCAAGUCCCUGUCAUCCAGUAAGGAUAAAGAGUUUGCCCAUAAUUUACAGGAAAGUGUCAAGCACAGCAUCUUCUACCUGUCAGAGCAGCUGAGAGUGGAGAAGGUCAAUCGGGAUGAGAACACUGUGAGCUACCUCAAGUUGGUGUCCAAAGCUGACCGGCACCAGGCUCUGCACAUCUGGUGGGCCUUUGAGAAGGUGAAUCAGCAUGCCUCUGCCAACAUUGCCUAGAUCGAGCAAAGGCUCCGUCAGUGCUACCAACAGCUGCAGAAGCUGGAGAAGGGUUUAGGGCCAAAGCAUUCAGUGCUGAAGGUGGAAAGCAGCUUGGAUAACUAUGAGAAGCCCAGUGUGAAGGGCUCGGUGUCUGAGUUGCCCAGGCUGAGUGGGGAAGAUGACCUGCUUGCCACCCAGCUUGAUGUAGCCAGGCCCUUCACUUGGGAGAGUCACUUCUCGGGCUUGCAGCAGUGGAAAUUCUCAGAGCUAAAGCCUGUGGCCCAGCAACAAAAGCUGCUGUUGCAGAAGGUGAAGGAAGAGCUGACAGAAGUCAGGAAGUUCCACAUUGACCUUCACGUGUCCUACGAGAGUGUCAAGGAGAGGUAUCUGAUGGACCUGCAGGUGUCACUGGAGUCCCUUCAGGAGGAGAAACGCAGGCAAGCAUUGAUGGAAGAACAGGUAAAUGACCACCUUCAGGGGCAUAUGGAUGAGAUUUACUACCUCAAACAGCAUCUGGCCUGCACUGAAGAGAAAAUGGCCUGUCUGACCUAUGAAAGAGACAAGGAAAUAUGGGAGGUCAUAGAGACUUUCAAGAGCCGAAUAUCCAAGCUAGAAACUCUACAGCAAGUCAAUCAACUGGAGACAAUGGCGAACCUCAGAAGCUGUCCCCAGGAGUUUUUGUUCCGAUUCAUAAGCCUGCUCCUCACACUGACCAGCAUCCUCUUGGUCUUUGUCUUCACUGUGUGCUCCUGCCCCUUACCCCUGAUCAACUCGCGCCUGUGUACAUGCACUGCAGUUAUGCUGCUUGGCCUUGGGGCAUUGGCCUGGCAGAAGCUGCAUACCAUGGGCUGGCAGACGUGGGUCCCCGCCAGGUGGAGACUGGACACCAAGGACUCUAAGCCUUCAUCAGAUGGACCUUAA